CCGGAGCUCGCCCGGCGCCAUUUUGAAAGUGGAGCCGCUCGGCGGGGGGGGCCGGAGCGAGGCGCGGAGCGGGGGCAGCCCCGGGAGCCGAACCGGAGCCGAACCGGAGCCGGAGGAACCGGAGCCGGCCGCAGCCCCUCCGCCAUCCGCCGCCAUCCUUCCCCCGGCCCGGCCCCGGCCGCCCCGCCGCCAAGCGCCCGGCCCGCCCGCCUCGCCGCCCCAACAUGGCAGGAGCUGGAGGAGGAAAUGACAUUCAGUGGUGUUUUUCUCAGGUGAAAGGCGCUGUAGAUGAUGAUGUAGCAGAAGCGGAUAUAAUUUCUACAGUAGAAUUUAACCAUUCUGGAGAGUUGUUAGCAACAGGAGACAAAGGAGGUAGAGUCGUCAUCUUUCAACAGGAGCAGGAGAACAAAACCCAGUCUCACAGUAGGGGAGAAUACAAUGUUUACAGUACCUUUCAAAGCCAUGAACCAGAGUUUGACUACUUGAAAAGUUUAGAAAUUGAAGAGAAGAUCAACAAAAUUAGGUGGUUACCCCAGAAAAAUGCUGCUCAAUUUUUAUUGUCUACAAAUGAUAAAACAAUAAAGUUAUGGAAAAUCAGUGAAAGGGACAAAAGACCAGAAGGCUAUAACUUAAAGGAAGAAGAUGGACGGUAUAGGGAUCCUACUACAGUUACAACACUACGGGUGCCAGUAUUCAGGCCCAUGGACCUCAUGGUUGAAGCUAGUCCACGAAGAAUAUUUGCCAAUGCUCACACGUAUCACAUCAAUUCCAUCUCCAUUAAUAGUGACUAUGAAACAUACUUAUCUGCAGAUGACUUGCGUAUUAAUCUGUGGCACCUAGAAAUUACAGACAGAAGUUUUAAUAUUGUAGAUAUUAAGCCUGCCAACAUGGAAGAGCUGACAGAGGUGAUAACAGCUGCAGAGUUCCACCCAAACAGCUGUAAUACAUUUGUAUACAGCAGCAGUAAAGGAACGAUUCGUCUCUGUGAUAUGAGAGCAUCAGCACUCUGUGACAGACAUUCGAAAUUGUUUGAAGAACCAGAAGAUCCUAGCAACAGAUCAUUUUUCUCUGAAAUCAUCUCUUCCAUAUCUGAUGUCAAAUUUAGCCAUAGUGGUCGUUACAUGAUGACUAGAGAUUAUCUGUCAGUGAAGAUCUGGGAUUUAAAUAUGGAAAACAGACCUGUGGAAACAUACCAGGUGCAUGAAUACCUCAGAAGUAAACUUUGUUCACUGUAUGAAAACGAUUGCAUUUUUGACAAAUUUGAAUGCUGCUGGAAUGGAUCAGACAGCAUUGUCAUGACAGGAUCUUACAACAACUUCUUCAGAAUGUUUGACAGAAACACAAAGCGAGACAUCACCUUAGAGGCAUCACGGGAAAACAAUAAGCCCCGUACGGUUUUGAAGCCACGUAAAGUAUGCGCGAGUGGUAAGCGAAAGAAGGAUGAAAUUAGCGUUGACAGCCUAGACUUCAACAAGAAGAUUCUACACACAGCCUGGCAUCCCAAGGAAAACAUCAUUGCUGUAGCUACUACAAACAACUUGUAUAUAUUUCAAGACAAAAUGAAUUAGGGUUGGCAUUCCUAACUGAAGAGUCCACUUCCUGCAUAGUUGAAAUAGUUGAAUCUAGCAUUUGUACCUGUAAACAAAAGCGAAUGAGGUCCAUUAUGGCACCCCUUUCCAGUGUUUAAAAAUGUGCCAUAUGACAACACACUUUUAUAGCUACAUGGAGAAAACUCUGUCAAUCUGUCACCGAGUUCUCCAUGUCUGCUAGCCAUUUAGGUGAGGAUAGGGCACUUUUUAAUUUAAAUGACUACUUGCACCAUCUUGCCUAAUGGACUAGAUUGGACUGUAUCAACAUCGGUUUACUCCACUUUUUAUGCCUUCCAUUGUGAUGACGUCAAACACAGGGAAAGCCUUCAAUCAUGCUAUGGGAUUUAAUUGUGUAACCUCAUUACUGUAUCAUUUGUGGCCCCCUUUUUUAUUAAAUACAGCUCAUUCUUGCUGUGGCUUGUAGCAUUCCUCCUUCUGGCCUCCUGGACUCCCCCUUUCCCUUUCAUCCCCCUCCACCUAGCCCUGGUGGUGGUGUAUAGAGAAAAACAAAAAAACAAAAUAAA